AUGAUGGGCAUGCCGCGAAUGCCGAUGCACGGCGCCCCCGGGAUGCCGAACCUGUUGCACAUGACGUUCGAGAAUCCACACUGGCCGCCCAACCACAUCAACCCCGACAAUUAUCUCGAUUAUUUCUGCAUCCAAGAGAACCCAUUCUACGAGAAGGAGAGCAACAACCAACAAGCACGCAUGCAGAGUGCCGCGAUGCGCGUCGAAGAAGUCUUACCGAAUAUGACGGGUAUCCAGUACGUCAAGUGGAAAGCCGCGCCGCCCCUCUACAUUGUCUGCAAACAGCAUCGCUACAGCCCCACACAAGUGACGCCAGUGGCCUACUACUACAUUGUGAAUGGGGUCAUCUACCAGGCGCCCGACCUCUACUCGUACACACAAUCACGACUCCUCAGUGCCGCCGACAGUCUUCGCAAGGGAUUCGAUGAGGCCAUGAAAUACGCCAGGUACAACGUUGCCAAGGGCUACUACUGGGAUUUCAAGGGAGCCUCGGCGAGUCAGGGCAAAGAUGAUGAAGCACAAGAAGAAAAGGAGAAGCCCCAGCAGGCACGCUCCACCAAUUUCCAGAAUCAUCGCACGGACGCGCUGCUCAAGCUGCUCUUCGACCAGUUUCCGCCCGCAUCCGGUCUCGAAAUAGGGCCCCGGCCGGAAGAGCAGAGAGAUGUCGACAGGAUGGAGGUGGAUGGAAACGUGGAGAAGAAUGGCCCCUCGUCCUCCUCCUCCUCUUCAGCCCCACCCACCCAAAUGCAACCCCCGCCGGCCCGU